AAAGAAAACCGUAGUCAUAUACCUAUCACUGACAAAUAUUAAUAUCUUGUGAGAGAAAUUGAAAUGGGUGAGGAAUAUGGCAUUAUAUCGAAGGAGACAGUAAAGCCAUCUUCCCAAACCCCUAUUCAGCACUUCAAACUCUCUUUUCUCGACCAAUUGGCUCCUUCAUUCCAUGUUCCCAUUCUGCUCUUUUACUCUGCCUCUGAUGUUAGAACCUUUGCUGCCACUGACCACAGUGCACUGUCACAAAAGUUGAAAACUUCUCUGUCACAAGUCCUCACUCUCUAUUACCCAUUUUGCGGAAGACUCAGAAACUCUUCAAUCAUUGAGUGCAACGACGAGGGUGUUCUUUUCAUCCACUCUAAACUCCCCAUUGAGCUCUCAAACAUUCUCCAAAACCCUCAACUUCACACCCUCUAUGAACUUCUCCCAUGUCCUCCUUACAACCUUGAACCACAACAAAGGGACACGUUCGGGAUCAUGGCAGUUCAGUUGAGCCAAUUCAAGUGUGGGGGCAUAGCCCUUGGCGUGUGCUUCUCACACAAGAUCGCUGAUGCUUCCACUGCAGCAUCGUUUCUCAACGCUUGGGCUGCAACAUCACGUGGACACGGCAAUAGCAACCUCGUUCCACCUCCAAUGGAAGAGGCAAGUCUGCUUUUCCCAUCGAGGAACAUAUCCGUUGACAUGACAAGUGGCAUGGUUGGCCAAGAAAAGACUGUGACAAAGAGAUUCAUAUUUAGUGGCAGCAGUAUUUCUAGAUUGAGACAAACCAUAGGGUGCCCCAGAUUCAAUCCCUCACGCGUUGAAGCCGUGACGACGCUGCUAUGGAAAUCAUCACUGGAAGCAGCAAAAGAAAGUUUAGAUUCUGGGGAAGAAAAAAUUGUUGCUUCUGCGGUAUCCCACACAGUGAACAUUCGCAGCAGAAUGGUUCCAUCUUUGUCGAAGCAUUCAGUUGGAAACAUUUGGCAAUACGCGGUGUCUUCGUUGGUGGAAGUGGAGGGGGAAGUGGGGUUGCGUGAUUUGGCAGAGAGAAAGAAGGAAACAAUAGGAAAAGUUGAUGGAGAUUAUAUAAAGAAACUUCAGAGUGAUGAGUUUGUUGAAGUAGUUCAGGCUAUAGAAGAAGCAAGGAGACUGGCUGAAGAAAAGGGUGUUCGAGGUUAUGGGUUUACCAGUUGGGUAGGGUUUGAGUUCUAUGAAGUUGAUUUUGGAUGGGGAAAGCCCAGUUAUGCUAGCACCAUUCCUGUGCCCAUAAAAAAUUUGGGAACUUUGAUGAGCACAAAGGAUGGAGAUGGCAUAGAGGCAUGGCUUACCUUGACCACACGUGACAUGGCUCGGCUUGAACACAAUGCAGAACUUCUGAACUUUGCGUCGUUUGAUUCAACUCACUGCCAUGGGAUCAUUAGAGUGUGCUUCAUGUUUCUAGUCUCUAGUAUAGCUUAUUGGAAUAAUGGGAAUCAGCAUGGUUUCUUUACUAGAAUGAUCUUCAUCAUCCUNUAUGGGUUUACCAGUUGGGUAGGGUUUGAGUUCUAUGAAGUUGAUUUUGGAUGGGGAAAGCCCAGUUAUGCUAGCACCAUUCCUGUGCCCAUAAAAAAUUUGGGAACUUUGAUGAGCACAAAGGAUGGAGAUGGCAUAGAGGCAUGGCUUACCUUGACCACACGUGACAUGGCUCGGCUUGAACACAAUGCAGAACUUCUGAACUUUGCGUCGUUUGAUUCUUAAUCUUAAAAGUAAUGUUGUUUGAUAUAGUUUUAUCUUAAAUAAUGCAGAACUCACUGCCAUGGGAUCAUUAGAGUGUGCUUCAUGUUUCUAGUCUCUAGUAUAGCUUAUUGGAAUAAUGGGAAUCAGCAUGGUUUCUUUACUAGGUGUGCUUUUCCUUCUUCUAUUAUAUUGUAAAAUGUCAAAUAAAGUUGAUGUUCCGACCACUUUAUACGGAAUGAUAGA